AUGGAAGAAAGGGAACAGAGGAACCAAGAGGAGAAGAUGCAGAUGCAACCGCAGCUUAGGGACAGCAUGCAGAUGCAGCAGCAGAUAUUGCAGCAGAUGCAACAACAACAACAGAUGUUCCAUACAUGCAUCAUCCUGUACGAACUGCGCCCCAACCUAGUUGAUUCUCACGCAUAUCCUGAUGUUUCUCGCAGCUCUACCACUCGAGGCUCGUCGGACAUGGCUUUCGCUGGCGUGUCCCUCAUCGUCGAUGGUAAGUUGUGCGACCUUACCUCGUCGCCCUUCGACGCUGGCGUGGACAGCGGGUACCACUUGCUCGUGGUCCAAGGAUACUCCAAUACCAAAGGCACAACACCAAACGGGAGCUGCAUCUCGUCUCGUCCUUUCCUGGUUGGUGGCCAUCGCUGGAUUGUCAAGUACUACCCAAAUUGUCGGUAUAAAAACGAUGACGAUGAGGAGUUUAUGUCCCUUAUACUUGAGAGUGACGACGGUGUGGGAGGACACGAAGGUGUCAGCCAGGGCGUCAAGGUUCAGUAUGAGUUCAGUUUCAUUGAUGAGCCUGAGUCGCAGGUACCAGCGAUCAUCCGUCGUUAUAAAAAGUUUGACAUCACUGGUGAUAUUGGAUACACAUGGUUCAUGCGAAACGAGUUUCUUGAAAGAUUAAGACACCUGAAGAACGAUAGCUUCGUCAUCAGAUGCGACAUUGUUAUCAUCAAGGCAGAUAACAACACUGAGGAGCAUGCCCGCAAAAAAAGGAAAAACAACACUGGGCAGCAGGCCGCUGGUACCAGUACCACGGAUCCCGUGUUGAUCCAAUUGCCGCCUUCUGACAUGCAAAGCCAUUUCAGCAACCUUCUCUUCACAAAGGAGGGUGCCGACAUUACGUUUGAGGUUGGUGGCAAGAAGUUCGCGGCGCACAGGAUUGUGCUUGCAGCCCGAUCUGCAGUCUUCAAGGCACAGCUAUUCGGGGCCAUGGAUGAGGGCGCUACUGCGCCAAGUGUCCUCAAGAUAAAUGACAUCGAAGCAAAGGUAUUUAGUACGUUGCUUACCUUCAUCUACACCGACGCAGUUGCAUGGUUCAUCCUACUGGAGGAGAAUGAAGGAGAUAACAAGGAAGGAGACAACAGUACUGCGGACAAUGGAGCAGAAUGA